AUGAUUAUUUCUCCUGUCCUCUUUUAUAGGAUUCUCACUUUGUUUCCAAAUGCCACAGCUCGAAAAUUACUACUGAUGUUGAUAUUUAUAUUAAUUUUCUGGGUUAUUUACUUGGCUUCAAAAGACCACACAAAGUUCUUGUUCAGCUUGGAAAACCAUAUUACCCUGAACCAAGGGAACAUCUUCAAAAAACUAUCACGCUCUGAAGCACCAUUGUGUCCAGCAGUUUCACCAAAAAAGACUGAACUGAGAAUAAAGGAAAUCAUGGAGAAACUAGACCAGCAGAUCCCACCCAGACGUUUCACCCAUGUGAACACCACCACCAGCGCCACACACAGCACAGCUACCAUCCUCAACCCUCGAGACUCGUACUGCAGGGGGGACCAGCUGGACAUCCUGCUGGAGGUGAGGGACCACUUGGGACGCAGGAAGCAAUAUGGCGGAGAUUUCCUGAGGGCCAGGAUCUCCUCCCCAACUCUGAUGGCAGGUGCUUCAGGAAAGGUGACUGACUUCAACAAUGGCACCUACCUGAUCAGCUUCAGUCUGUUCUGGGAGGGCCAGGUCUCCCUGUCUCUGCUGCUCAUCCACCCCAGUGAAGGGGCAUCAGCCCUCUGGAGGGCAAGGAACCAAGGCUGUGAUAGGGUCAUCUUUAUUGGCCUGUUUGCUAACAGAACCUCCAAUGUUUUCACUGAAUGUGGCCUGACCCUAAACACAAAUGCUGAACUGUGCCAGUACUUGGAUGACAGAGACCAAGAAGCCUUCUACUGUGUGAGGCCUCAACAUAUGCCCUGUGAGGCUCUGACCCAUAUGACCACUAGGACAAGAAAUAUUUCCUAUCUUAGCAAGGAAGAAUGGAGCCUUUUCCACAGGUCCAACAUGGGAGUUGAAAUGAUGAAGAACUUUACCCCCAUUGAAGUCGUACCAUGUGACAAGAGCGAGAACAUAAAAAAGAACUGCCAGAUUGGAAUGAGGACUCCUUUCCCCAGUGGUUAUACUUUGAAAAAAAUGUGGAUUACAGCAUUUUGUAAACAGAACAAGUUCAAUGAAACAAAAAAUAUAAAUGACUGCUUGGAAAGAAAACUUAUUUAUCUCAUGGGAGAUUCAACACUGCGUCAGUGGAUUUACUACUUACAAAAAGCUGUGAAAACCUUAAAAUAUUUUGAUCAUCAUGGAGCUGGGAUCUUUAAGACACAUGUUCUUCUGGAUGCUGAAAGACAUAUUUUGAUUCAGUGGAAAAAACAUGGACAUCCAUUUGUUACCAAAAAGCUAUUCUCAGUGAAAGAUGAAAACUAUAUCCCGCGGGAAAUUGACCGGGUAGCAGGAGACCAAAACACGGCCAUUGUCAUUACCCUCGGCCAGCACUUCAGACCCUUUCCCAUCAACAUUUUCAUCCGUAGGGCCAUCAAUAUUCAAAAGGCCAUUGAACGUCUAUUCUUGCGAAGCCCAGAGACCAAGGUGAUACUUAAAACUGAAAACACCAGAGAGUUACAUCAAAAUGCAGAGAUGUUUAGUGACUUUCAUGGCUAUAUUCAGAAUCUUAUCAUAAGGGAUAUUUUUGUGAAUCUUAAUGUGGGCAUUAUUGAUGCCUGGGACAUGACAAUUGCAUAUUGCACUAAUAAUGCCCAUCCGCCUGAUUACGUGAUUCAGAAUCAGAUUGGCAUGUUCUUAAACUACAUUUGUUAGAGGAAAAAUAUAAAAAUAGCACUAGCCACUUUCUAUAGAUGAUCUUACAUAUAUAGCAAAGAUAGUUUAAUGCAAUACAAGGUUUGAGGAAACUAAAUUUGAAAAAGUUUCAUUAUAGUUAAAUAUAUAUA